AUGUAUUUUUUGUACACGGUUAUUGCUUCAUUGGUUUCUUUUUUCAUAUUGAAAUGGUUAAAAAAGAGAAGAUAUUGCAACGAUCUGAAACGGCUUGAUGGCAAAACGGUCCUCAUUACAGGUGGAAAUUCAGGCAUUGGCAAAGAGACAGCAGUGGCUUUGGCGAUGCGAGGCGCCCGCGUCAUCAUUGCUUGCCGGGAUGUGGGCAAAGCUGAGAAGGCUGUGAGAGACAUCAAGUCCAGGAGUCACAGUCUUAAUGUCCUCCACAUGGAGCUGGAUCUAGCUAACCUUCAUUCCAUAAGGGAAUUUUGCAAGAGCUUUCUACAGAAAGAGAAGAGACUAGACAUUCUCAUUAACAAUGCAGGCAUGCCCAGCAUUCUGGACUGGACAGACGAUGGCUUCAGCAUGUGUUUUGGCGUUAACCACCUGGGCCACUUCCUCCUGACCAACUUGCUCCUGCCCAGUCUGAAGGACAGUGCCCCCAGCAGGGUAAUUACCCUCACAUGCUCCAUCUACAAAUACCAAAAGCUGGAUUUCCAGGACCUCAACUACAACCUGCUGCCAUUCUUCACCUACUGUCGCAGUAAGCUGGCAAACAUCUACUUCAGCCAGGAACUGGCCCGCAUCACAGAGGGGAAAGGAGUCACCUCCUAUGCUGUGCACCCUGGUUUUGUCCAGAGCGGCUGGACGUGCCACUACUCCUUCCUGUUCCGUAUGCUGAUGCAAGUGAUCAUGUGGAUGUUUUUUGUGCCGUGUGAGAUGGGGGCUCAGACAGUGGUUUACUGCGCUGUGUCAGAUGAGGCUGCCAAGCACAAUGGGGGAUACUUUGUCGACUGCAGGCCCACUACUCUGCGCCCCUUCGUCAGAGAUGCAGGUGUGGCCAAGAAGCUAUGGGAGGCCAGUGAGAGACUGGUCAAACUGGUCUAAUGGAAGAGUGUGGAAAUAUUCAACUUGGUCUCAAUGUGAAGCUGAGGAAAUAGACAAUGUGUAGUACUCAAGAUAAACCAGCUCAGUGUCAAAUUUAGAUUUAUUUCAUUUUUUACUUUAGUUUCUCUUUUGUUAAAAUAUUUAUAUUUAUUUUCUUUAACUUUGUGAGGAUUAUCAUGCGUGGAUGAUAACAUGAGUUAUAUUUUGAUUUUAUUUAUUUAUUUUUUUGCCUUUAAAGAUAUUUCUGGGACCAUCUCGGAGCUUAUUUUCCAAUCAGACCCGAUUCGAAUUGGAAUAUUUUUGUCUUUUUACUCUGACAGCCGAGGGGUAACCCUGCAUCGCUUUGCAAAGCAUCAUUAUAGCUCUCGUAAAUCCUUAAACCGUCUUAACAUUGUUUGACAUUCUCAAGGCUACUCUGAGGAAUAUCACCAGCAAAUCAAAUUGGCCACGCUCAUUUGCAGAGAUUUUGAAACAGCCCUGAGGAAAACGCGCCCAAGACAUACUUAGUGCAUAUGUCAGAGCUGUAGAACGCUGCCUCAGACCAUGAGUACGUUUACAUGUGCACCACACGCCGAUUAAGAUCUUUGUUCCAGAUAAGACAACGGUUUCAUUGGGAUGUUAAUGGUUUGCAAAGGCUGUGUAAAAGCUCCUUUUCUGUCAUAGUGUAGUUUACAUGCAGCAGAGUGUAGUUUGAAGCUGGGGCCAGGAUUUCCUUUUACCGUCUUAUAAAUUAUAGACAAAAUAUUAAGUGUGAGGACAGUUUCAGCUUUGCCUUGAAGAUGCUUUUGGGGGGGGUGCGGACAUAGUUUUGAGCAGAAGGCUGUAUUGUAAGUAUCUUGUAUUAUCUUAUUUGUCUGGGUGGGGUCCGUAUGUCCAUCCAUUUAUUCCAUUUUUUGAUACCCUAGACUCACACAACCCAUGUUUUUACCUUUGGUUUUUUAUGUUUAGGUUAUUUGAAUAAACUCCGUGAAUUCUUGCGGAUCAUCUUCCUCACUUGUGGCAAGCCAGAGGCAGUUGAUAACAUUGCCUUUUGCCUGUUUUAAGAAACAAACAAUGUAAUUUUUGUUCACUGUUUUUUUAUCAUCUUCCGAGAGUGCUUGGAUUUGUAUAUGUUAAUUUUGUUUUUAACACCUUGAGAUACUUGGUGCCAUGUGAAACAAACAAAUGAGCGCGACGUCCUGUUCCUGUGUGGCAAUAUGACUGGAACCUCUCCUUGCUGUGGCCCGGCUAUCGUUUUUAUUGUGAAACCACUUUUGCAGCUUCCGUUUUUUCUGUUUUUGUCUUCGAGGAGAGCAGCCCUGCGAAUGGAUGUUUACUAAUCAUGUACAAGGUGAAUGGAACACGGAGUAACACGUAAAAAGUCACAGGCCGUCAUGGAAGCAGCGCCAUCUGCUGGUAAAAUGAAGUAUUUCCUAAGCACGUGUUAAUGUUAACAGUUUAGGACGUUGUUGAUCAUCAUCAUCACAUGACUACAACACAAAUUGCAAGAUGUCCGAUCUCCACUUAACAAAACGUGUUCAUGAUUUGUUUAGUUACAUGUUUUUAAUAUCUACAUUUAUGAACUUACAAACAUUAUAAGAGCAAUCAAGAACAUAAAUGCCAAAAUAGAUACAAUAAAAUAAGAAAAGAAAAAUAACCUAAUAUACCCAGCAAGGCUAUCAAUUAUGUUCCCAUCACAACAAGUCAUUA